AUGGGCGAGGACAGUGAUCCGACCGGGCUGGUGCGCUCUGUCACUUCGCGGACGUUCUCCCCUAGCGACGCUGCUGGUCACAUGACCGACGAGCAAACGGCGGCUCGUCUGCUGCAACAGUCACGCGGCGCCGCGCAGUCGAUUCAGGCGCAGGUGGAGAGUUGCGUGUCUCGCUUCAAGCUGAUGUCGACGCGCCUAGACACGCUCUUGAAAGAGCGGCAAGAGACACAGCCGAAGGUGGAGGAGGUUGCACAGUCGAGCCACCUUGAGAGCUACAUGGAAGUGGUAUCGCUCAACGUGGGUGGGGAACGCUUCACAGUGCCGCUGUCGACGUUGCUGAGCAAGGACGCCCCGAACUACUUUCAUAUCCUCCUGGGCUCUGAGGAAACGGGGUGGGUAGCGCCGGUCUUCAAAGAUGAGCAUGACACCAUCUUCAUUGACCGCGAUCCCUCCUGUUUCAAGUACAUUGUUGACUACCUUCGCGGCUACCACUACUUUAACCUGCUCAAAGAAGACUCGUUGCGGCGCCUCAAGGUGGACGCGGCGUACUAUCAACUGCCUGGGCUACUGGCAAUGCUGGGGGAUGUGGACCGCGACACCGAGCUGCAGUUUAGCCCCGGCCCUGGUGUGAGUCCCGAGCGCAACCGGUUGCGCGUGGUAUAUGGCGUGGCCGUUGUCGGCGACGUGUCUCUUGUCACGGGGCGGCACACGAUCACGUACGAAGUGAAGGUAGCCGACUACGUAGGGUUUGGCCUCAUUUCUGAGUCUUGUGUCAACACAGACCAGGAGUUCCACAAGAUACCGGACUGCUGCGUCUACUACAUGUCCGGUGUGUUCUACACUAACUACCCGUACCACCGCAAGGAGGAAAACCUGGAGCGCAUCGAGAACGGAGACUUCGUAACUGUUAAGGUCGACCUGGAGAAGGGCUACGUUGAGUAUGUGUUGAAAAACUCGCGGAAGAUGAUCUCUCUCGGCCGUGCUCGUCGACUGCGCUUCGCAACUACAAUGAAGCUAGCUUCGCGCGUGCGCAUUGUUCCGCCAGAAGAGGUACGACGUCGCCUGUCUCCUAUCCACUACAGCUUUGAGGAAUAA